AUGGCCUCUCCGGAUUCAUGCUCAUCGUGUCCGUUCUGCAAAAUCGCGGCCGCCAGUCCACCAGCUGCCUUUGGAGGUGAUGCGCAUUCGCAGCCGUUCGAUCCGUCUGUGCAGGGAUCGGCACACUUGAUUUUGUCAACCGAUCAUGUACUUGCUUUUCUGGAUAUCAUGCCCUUGACAAACGGUCAUGUUCUGGUCGCGCCAAGGCAGCACUAUGAGAAACUUGGAGAUAUGGGCGUUGCGGCCGGCCAAGAGAUGGGCAAAUGGCUUCCUAUUAUUUCUCGCGUCGUGACUAAGGUUAUCUUUGGUGAUGAUCCCGAUAGACAUUGGAAUGUGGUACAGAAUAAUGGCGAGCGGGCGGCUCAGCAGGUACCACAUGUGCACUUCCACAUCAUUCCUCGGCCCUCCGAUUUCGCUCACAAGCCAAGCUUUGCCAUGUUUGGGCGCGGCCAGCGACAUGAGCUUGACGACGAGGAGGGUGCUGAGUUGGCGCGAGCCAUGAGAGUUGAACUGGAGCUUGAAGUUGAGCGAAUCAAAAGAGAUGAGGGCAUAGACCUCAGCCAGAAGCCGGGGAAAGGGAAAUUGUGA